CUAUUCUUCCACAAAUGUGGCCAUUCUGAACGCAUCGCUCGGCAUGCACCUGAAUGCUCCACAAUUGGCAAAUCACCUGGCAGAGAAGGUGUGCUAGAGGUAGAUCGUAACAUCGUAUUGUUGAAACCAAGAACUACCUCUGCGAUGCAAAGCAUGAACCUUGGUCCAGUCGAGGGCAUGUGUCGAGUAGCCAUGUCCGGUAUAUCAUGCAGACCCUGGUCUUGCAAGUUCUGCUCCGCAGAUGGAAGUUCAACGAGACACCCAAGAGGGUGUCUUGCCCCGGAAGAGCUUCAGGAACGUCGCCGUAUCUGGCUUGAUUGCUUGAAGUAUGGUGAUGUAUACCACAGGACAGAUGACCUCAAGCGCAGGAUCAAACAAUGUGAGCACAUUAUUCCGCGACAGCGAUUGGAAGCUGAGCUGCAAAGGUUGGAGGUCGCUCAUGAGGAACGCAAACAGGGCCGGAAAAGAACCUGGUUCGAUGGACUCUCCCGUCGUCAUCGACGUCAAAUCGAAAAGGGGAUUCCAGCUGUGAAGCGAACCUACGUUUGUCCUGGAACAGAGGCCAUGGUUGGUGCAGGUAAUAUCUUCCAGGAAAUUGAUCCAGCAUCCUUGACUGAAGAAGGUGACUGUGGAGUCUGUCGUUACCCUUUGAACGAUCUUGACCGUCGCAUUGCAAAAAUACCCUGCGGUCAUAUCUACCAUCUCGAAGACGGCUGCAUCGUUCCGUGGUUCACAUCAGGCCACAUAGACUGUCCAUACUGCAGAACGCGAUUCGAUCUCAGGCAAAUUCCUCCCAGUUGGGAUGAUGCCCGGUACGUAUUUCCUCCUGAUUACUCGUUCCCCACUGUGUUCGAUGGUUACAUCGAGCAUCUGGAAGACUGGAGAGAGGAUGAGAUCAACUGCGAUGACACCGAUAGUGAGCCAGAGUCAUGGUUUUCCGAAAGUGAUGAAUGCGAGGAUUUUGAUGACGACCAGGACGACCUGGACGACCAGGAUGGCGCCGACGACGACGAGGACGACGAUGAUGAUGAGGACGAUGCAGUUGAAAUAGAUCGUAUUGCCGUAAGUAUUUCUCAAAACUGUAGUGGUAGCAAUAUAUAAUCUACUCGGCCUUUUCUGAGACCUAUGACUAUUUGAAUUGAAAGAGUGGUUUGGUAUGUCUUGUGAGCGCUUCUUGGUGGGUGGAGCGCAAAUAAUUGGGAUGCAAUCUUAUUCAGGUAGUCACCCGUGUUGCUCAGACUAUUAUGCGGCUCAAUGUCUCGGAUUGCUAGACAAGAUAAUCCAAGUCAUUAUUUUUAAAGGGGCCUAAAUACUUACCUUCGACUGUUUGUUGAUAUGUCUCGGGAUAAGGUACAUAAGCGAGAACUGGGGAGGUCACAGAUCCUUUGGGAACCGGUUUGUGUAACGAGUGAAAUAGAAGGAGAAACAGGCUAGCACAAUAAAUA